GACUAGCGAGUUGGUCUGUUUGAGCACGCUGAGGUGAGGGUACAUCAAUAACUUCUGACCACACGUUUUGUUUAUGAUUUUGAGAUGCCAUGAUAUAUUGCUACGAUGGAUAAAGGUGAUAUAGGUCUAAUGAGAUUAAAUAUUGACUGUUCAAUCAUUCUUAUAGUACUCUUCUUGUUUACCUCUCAACAAACAUCGAGUGAAGAACCGAUCUUACGCAGGCAUCGGGAACUGGACGCUCAGCACCCCGUACUUCCUCGCGACACACGAUCAGCAACCGCCUCAACUCGUAAUGCGUCUCUGUUGACUGCGCCAAAUUCAAAAUACUGUGCAAAGCUCACAGAUAGCGUUGAAUAUACGACAUGCACGAUGUGUGCAGUAAGUAACCUUCAAGUUCAAGAAGACUCGAUGGGAAACGUAUGUCCUCUUCAUAAACGACCAACUGGUAGAGCAACUCGAGGUUGUAUUGCUGGGUAUUUUCCAGUCUUCAGUUUUGAAGGAUGUAACUUUGAGUGUGUUGAUAGCGACUCAGACUUUACAGAAUGCUGUCCAGGUUAUUGGGGACCUCAUUGCUCAGAAUGUCUUGGAGGACCAUUAUAUCCUUGCUCUUCUCAUGGGAAGUGUGAUGAUGGCAGGAAUGGAACAGGAGAAUGUAUCUGUGAUGAUGGUUUAUGUACUGGCACAGCUUGUGACAUAUGUACUGGAAAUUCUUGUUCAGAAAAACAAAUGUGCAUCUAUAAUUACGACUGUCGUACUGGUGCAUAUUGUGAGUUCCGUUCACGGGAAGAUUCAUAUUGUCAGUGUUUGGAUGGAUACCAUGGUGAUGGUGUGAAUUGCCAUCCAAUCAACCCUUGCAUGGAGAACUCUUAUCACUGUCCCUCCAGUACAUCGCUCUGUGUUUAUGAUGGUCCAAACAAAUAUCAUUGUGAAUGCAAGCCUGGAUACUCAGAAUUUCAAGUAGGAUGUUUCCAAGACGAGUGCCAAGGCAAUAAUGUAUCAUGUGUGCCUGGUGCAGAGUGUGCAACAAUUAGCCCUGGGGAAAUUCUUUGUCAGUGUACAUCAGGUUAUGUUGGCAAUGGCUUGAUAUGCUUUGGAAAUGUGAUUGAGAGAUUAGAACACCUGAAUGGAGAAGAAGGUGACCUUGAAGGAAGGCUAACUGAAGCCCUGCUGCUCCUAGAGGCUUCAUCUGUAUGUCAAUGGCUGAGGGAUAGAGGUGUCUUAUACACUGUCUUCAUACCUCUUGAUGAAGCUCCUGAGUUUGCCAACCCAGAGUUUGCAACACAGCUAGUGGCUGGCCUAUCAAGAGGAAGUGACGACAAUGCUGAGGUUUUCCUGGAGGCUGUGUCUAGAAUACAUAUUGUACCUGGCUAUGUGGACAAUCACAUCCUGAAUAGAAUCAACACUGUAUAUAACAUAGCUGGCCAGAAAAUUUUUGUCAGUCAGGGUUCUGGCAAACUUACUAUAGGUCUAGGUGAGGAAGGCGAUGGAGAGAUGGCAAGGGUGAUACACACUGAUCUAGUGGCAUCAAAUGGAGUAAUCCACAUUAUAGAUAGAGUUCUUCUUCCUCCUGAUGAUGUCAGCACAAGGGCUCAGGGUUCCAUGUUAGAUGUUCUUUCAAGUUACACCAAUCUUGGGAUUUUCACAGGAAUGAUUAAGAGUUCUCCUUCGCUCCAAUUAGCCCUAGAUUCUCCGGAAGUUUCUUACACCGUCUUUGCCAUCCCAGAUGAUGCCUUGCAACAAUUUACCCCUGAUAAGGCUUCUUUGUUACUCUUAUCAGGCAAAUGGCAAUCGUUUGUGAGAUAUUUCAUCCAUGAACAUUUGGCUCCAGAAAAACUGUCCAUCAAUGACUUGAUAAAGGCUGGUGUUUUCCGUAAUUAUCGCCAGGAGAGCUUUGAAAUAAGAGUAUCUGAGAAUGGUUGUAUUAGUGUUCCAGGCAUUGGCAACAUUACAUCUCGUGAUAUAGCAGCAACUAAUGGUGUCAUUCACAUUCUUCAUUCAAUAUUUUACUCUAGUUCAUUCUUCCAAUCCCCAGAGAUAUGUUUCAAGAACCAAACAGAAGAAAUGAUACAGGAGUGUUGUGAUGGUUUCUAUAGUCCUGCAUGCUUAAGAUGUAGUGGAUGUAAUUGGGGUGGCCAAUGUGAUGAUGGCAUCCAGGGUUCUGGAAGUUGUAUUUGUGAAUCUGCUUAUGAUGGUGUAGACUGCGAUCUCUGCAAAGACAGCACAAUGUUUGGAUGGCAUUGUAAUCAAUCAUGUUCAUGCAUUCAUGGGGAGUGCAGCAAUGGUCCUUGGGGUACAGGUCAUUGCAAAUUUGACACCUGUUUAUCAGGAUUCACAGGAGAGGACUGUCAUCUCCAAACUACCCCUUGUGGACCUGAAGAAAUCCAGUGUCAUGCUCAUUCCAUGUGUGUCAUUGAGAAAGGUUCAUCAAGGUGUGUGUGCAAUAGAAACUAUACAGGUAAUGGAACAGACUGUGUGCCUAUCAAUCCUUGCACGCAAUCCUCUGAUAGCCCAUGUGACUCUGAUGUGGCGGAUUGUAUCUUCACUGGGCCUGGAGCAUAUCAAUGUGCAUGUAAAGAAGGCUUUACAGGAAGGAAUAUGGCCUGUACCCCAAGAGAUCGUUGCCUUGUAGAUAAUGGAGGAUGCCAUCAGAAUGCAAUUUGUUUUCAUGAAUUCAUCCUCGAUUUGACUGAAUGCAUCUGUAGUUUUGGCUUUGAGGGCAAUGGAUAUCAAUGUGAACCAAUCAAUGCAUGCUUGAGACCACAUGACUGUGAUGUUGAGGCUGAAUGUGAAUUUACUGGGCCUGGUACAUAUGAAUGCAUAUGUCCUCCUGGAUGGGAAUUGGACAAGAGAAAUUGUUAUUCAAACUUAGCACUGGAGCUGUCAGCCAUCUCAGAUGCUCAAUUAUUUUGGGAGUUGAUUCAGUCUGUUUCUUUAGAUGGGUAUCUCAGUCAUACUGACCAAUCUCUUGGAGUGUUUGUACCACCACAUCAUGCAUUACAAUACAUUAAUACAACCACAGGGGGAGCACUAAGAAUCCACAGGAUUAAGGCAUACUUUGUCAGGUCUCAUUUGUUUUUGAUGAAUUCAUCACAGAGGUACUUAAAUCAGACAUUACCCAGCCUGCAACCUGAAGAGGAUAUUGUGAUAGAUGGGCCAUAUGGGAACCUAUCUAUCAUCAGUGGUCAUGUUUCACGAGUUGAGAAUGCAACAAAUGGAUUGAUAUUCCUGCCUUCUAGUUUUACCAGUGACUAUUGGAUCAAGAGAUUACAGGACGUUCAAAGAAAGCUUGAUCAUCUUACUCCAUCCUCUGGCGAUGUUCAAGAUUAUUCCCUGGCUUGGCGAAUGAUACAGUCUUCCAGAUUGUUACCCAAUAUGACCGAAUACACAAUCUUUCUCCCAGAUAAUGAUGCCAUGUCAUCUUUUGAUUGGUCUUCUGAGAAUGAGUUUUUGGAGCAUCACUUGGUGACAGGGAAGACACUGUAUUAUCACAACCUAACAGAAGAGCUUGAUGUGACCUCAGCCUCUGGACAACACAUUCAUUUCUUUGCAUCCAGUGAACAAGUGUCUGUAGAUAUGAUUCCAAUAGAAGCUCCAGACAUACUUCUCCUACCCUCUGGUAUUGCUCAUGGUAUAACUGGUGUUCUUUCUGCUUCUCUAAGAGAUGGAAUAUGUGAAGAUGGAAGGAAUGGAGGAUGUUCUUAUAGGGCUACAUGCUUACAGAAAACAUCAUCUAUGCUACAGUGCCAGUGUGUACAUGGUUACCAUGGUAAUGGCACUUACUGUGAACUUUAUGAUCCAUGUUACCAUGACAAUGGUGGUUGUCAUUUUAGGGCCACUUGCACCCCAGUAAAUUCAGAAGAAAGAACAUGCAGCUGUAACUAUGGUUACCUAGGAGAUGGAAUUGUGUGUAUAGGAAGCAUAUUGGAGGAGCUUUGGAGCAUACCAGAAGCCAGCCUCUUUUUGGAUUUCUUACAAUAUUUGGACUCUCCUAACUUUCUGAUGAGAACUGGAGGCUAUUUCACUUUGUUUGUGCCAACUAAUGUAGCUAUCACUGCAUUCCUCCAAGAUCAGGUACUUCCUGAGGAAUGGUAUGAAUACACCUAUCUCCUGACACAGUAUGUCUUGUAUCAUGUGAUCGCAGGAAGUCACAUGACCAUGAAUGACCUUCGUAAUUACACAACCUUAGGGAUGAUGAAUGGUCAAGACCUUGGUGUAGCAACCGAUCAGAAUGACACUAUCAUACUAGGAUCUGAUGUGAGAUUGAUUGUAGCAGAUCACAAUGCAUCUAAUGGCAUCAUUCAUAUCAUUGACAACAUGCUAAUACCAUCCAGAAUUUAUGAAUGGCCUCAAGAACAGGACAUGGCCUUUUCUUCUGAUAACCAUGGUCGUCGUCGUCCACAUCCAGACGUUGGUGGAGACCUGGAAAUCCUUGGCACCACUCACAACAUCUCUACCUUCCUGCAGCUUCUGCAAUUGACACCAAUGUUCCAAGAAUUCUUUUCUGAUGGUCCCCCACGUCCUGGUCAUGGUGGGAGUCCACCCCGUAGACCUCCUCCAUGGAUAACUGGAUCACAUGAUUCUGGCAGGAUGGGUGAGCAUGGUCAGUCAGGUGAUAUGUCUGGAGAAGGAUCAAGUGGAAUUGGGGGAUCUGUCAACAGUCGGCAAAGACCAAGAGGUAUGCACCAAGAUGACCGUGGAAGAAGAUAUCACACUAAAGGUAAUGAUAAGUGGAGAAAGGGAAGAAUGCAGCAAGGUAGCACUCUCAGACUAGAUGACAUCACAUCUACGCGUCAGAGGCAUGGUGAGGCAGCUGGUAGCCAUUUCAUAGAGGACAGAGAAAGAGGUCAAGGCAAGAGAAUCUCCAACAAUCAUGGUCUUCAACGUAAACGAUCUCUUGACCGACCUGAGGGGCAAAGAGGACCGCCUAGAAGACACACACCACAUGGUAUAAGGCAUGGGGGAUUUCAUAGAGAUAGUACAGUCUUUGCUCCCACAGAUGAAGCAUUCAUGAAGCUACCUCCAGGAAAGCUAGAUAAAUUAACUGAUCCAGACAACCGCCUUCUGUUGCAGGAAUUCAUUGCGCAUCAUGUGAUCCCAGAUGAGCGAUUCUUCAAUGACCUUUGGCCUCGGCUUGACCCUUAUACUGUACCAAGUCUGCAAGGGUCUGAUCUCAGAUUUAGCACCAUAGCACAGGGAAAGCUAUUUGUGAAUGAGAGGAGCCGGGUGAUUGGUGUCGGACUGGAAUUUGAGGGCGGUGUUCUCUUUCCAGUGUCAGAGGUCAUCUCCUUGCCAAGGAUGGAUGGUAGAUGCGAUGUCAUAGAAACACAAAUCAGAUUAGGUCGAUGCAAGAAAUGUGGUUCUCAUAAUAUGUGUCCACCUCUUGCAGAACCAGUGGGAGCUGAGCAGCCUGAUUGCCGCUAUAGAGAUGGCUGGUAUUCAAGUGUAUCAGGUUGUCGUAGAGAGUGCCAAUUUAGUGAGGUCACUAGAGCAUGUUGUCUAGGUUACUAUGGCCCUAGCUGUCAAGAAUGUCCAGGAGGCUCAACCUACCCAUGUAACAACCAUGGUCAUUGCAAUGAAGGCUAUGAUAAUGAUGGAGUGUGCACCUGUCAUGAAGGUUUUACAGGAACUGCAUGUGAGAGAUGCUCACCAGGGUACUAUGGUCCAACAUGUAAAAAAUGCAGAUGCUCCCGUUCGUCCAUAUGUUACGGCCAGUCUGGUGAGUGCUUCUGUGCUGCAGAUCAAGAUGGUCGGUAUUGUGAGAAUAUCCUGACUGUCAUACCGUCAUGUGAUCCUCCAUGUCAUCAGAAUGCUGUGUGUCGCUAUGGCAACAGGUGCCAGUGUUCUCCGCAGUACCAUGGAGAUGGCUACACAUGCAAUACUGUCAACAAAUGUUUCAUGGAAAAUGGUGGCUGUAGUAUCCAUGCCAGCUGUUCCCACAAUGCAUCUGCCAUUAAUGUUAAUUGCACAUGCCAUGAUAGUUACUAUGGUGAUGGUAUAGUCUGUCUCCCAGUCAACUUGUGUGAGAAGAAUAAUGGCGGUUGUCAUCCUAAUGCAAUGUGCAGGUUCAGAGGACCAAAUUUGAGAAGCUGUAUGUGUAGGCCACCGUACUGGGGCAAUGGAUUAGAAUGUCAUCCUCCCAUUACAUCCUGUCUAACAAACAACGGUGGAUGCUCACACAAUGCUCAUUGUCAACAAGGACAAGAUGGAGGUCCCAUUGAAUGCACUUGUUAUUCUGGGUAUGUCGGUGAUGGCAUCAUCUGCAACGGAAAUCUUUAUGACACCUUAGCAAGCCAACCCGAUUUCCAAUACUUUUUCAAGAUGAUGAUGCAGUUGGCAAAUAAGUCCCGAGCUGGGGAACGUUUAGUGAAAGACUUCCUGAAACCGAAUGACCCACUUACAAUCUUUGUUCCUCUUGAUCCAGCAUCAUCAGGCUUGACGUUCUAUCCAUCCCAAAUCCUGCUCCAUGUGGUUCAUGAUCGAUGGAGUAAAGAGGAUCUUCUUGAAGGGGAGGAUGAUGAGGACCUGGAGACAUGGUCUGGAGACAAACUUGAUGUUGAUGUCCAUUAUGACGAACAUCAUCAGGCGAUUGUUACUAUUGAGGAUGUUCCAAUUGUGAGGUAUGGAAUGGAAGCAACUAAUGGUAUAAUCCAUAUGAUUGAGGCUCCAUUGCCAAUAUGGAGUGUGAUGGAUUAUAUUAAUGAUGAACAGUUUGAUGAUCAAAUGAACGAGUCUGAAAUGAGAAUGGGUUGGAAUUCUACAAGUCGUAUCUUUGCUGCAGUAGCCGUCCCUCUAGGGCUACUUGCCUUCAUCACAGUGGCUGUCCUCUACUGGAUCAGGGGAAUGAAGAUACGGGAGCUGUCCCGGAGUAACCAGCCUGUAGCCCAAACCACACCAUGCAGUCUUCAGCAGGGAACAGAAGCAGGUAGACCGAACACACCUCCUACUGCUUCUCAGUCCCCUCCAGUCUCUCCUGUAUCCAGUGUAGAUCAAGGGGAUAUACAAUAUAGUGAGUUUGACCAACUGAUGUCAGAAGAAACUGGGGAAAACUUGCCGACCCAUCUGGAGACUAGGUGCUAAAUAGGAAUUAACAAAAUUACUUUGAAUACAACACUGUAUGGUAGUGUGAGGUGUUUUUUUAAAUGAUUUUUUCCUCUACUUUGUCAGUAUAACCUUCACAUCAUGAACAGAUUAUUCUAGAAUGAAAAUGAAAACACAGGUUUGUAUGGUGCCUUGAAGUGACUUAAAGUAUAAGAUUGAUUUAUCCAUUAUUAAAAUUGUUCUUUCAAUUGCUGUGCCAGAAAACCAAGAUGCUUAACAUUCCAGGCACAUACUAUUGUGUGGUAUAAUGUACAGCAGGUCCUUGUGUAAUGUACAGAGUAAAAUAUAUUUAUUUUGUUACUCAAAGCAAUCUCUGUUACUUAUUCAUGACGUGGUACUUAUUUGCAGACACUUCUUCUUCGUAAUAUGUAUAAACACUUUAUGAAAAACAGUUGUUGAUUACCUUUUAAAUCACUGGAGGCCUCUCAUGUAGUUGUAAAUGGGACAAUUUUCUCAUGUA